AUGGCCCAAAAGGGAUAUACUACUCCUGGCGAGCAACACCAUUCCGGUUGGUUUUCAAGGAUAGUAAGGAAGAAGCAAUCAUCAUCCUCACAAAAGAGGUCACCAUCGUUACGACAGAAGAACGGUCCUAUUUGGCAUGAAGCCAAUAGUUCAGACUUGAAUCCUUUAUCGUUGAGUCAAAAAUCAUCGUUAAGAAGACGACUACGACAGAAUAAUACAGAUUUCCACACAGGUGUUUGCAAAUGUUGUGGCACAGUUUUACGGUAUCCAUCUGACGUUCCUAGGAUUCGAUGUAUGGUGUGCCAAACAAGUUACAUGAUUGAAGAAAAUAUUAAUGAAUGCGUUGAUAUAUGUAAAAAUAGUGCGGUAUCAUUACCAGAACUCUCAUUAAGCACUCUAAACAAGUACAUCAAGGACUACGAGGAUCUACAAUCAAACGGGAAAGGUACUUUUGGCGCUGAAGAAAAUAAAUUAAGCUCGUUGGAGAACUUUCUAUUUCUAUCAUUUUCUUCACAUAAAUGUCUCAACCAAUCGUUUAAAUUGACACAAUCAGGAAAUUGCUCAUACUAUUCGGCUAAUCUGAAUUUCAAUGAGCUCCAUGCAUUUUAUUCCGUGUUACAAUCGCUGCCAACUACAAGACCCAUGAUUAGUCUUCUAAAAGCAGCUUCCAUUCUUCUUAGACAUCCACCUCAAGAAAAUGAUGUUCAGACUAUCCGAUGGCUUUUAAUCUUGAUGGAGUUACCAACUUUGGCAGAUUCAUUGAUAGGCACAAAUGAUCAGAAUUCUCAAUCACAAACGUCUUUGGACAAAUGUACAGAGCCGGAACUUCUAAUAAAGUCAAUUUCAUAUGAUAUUCUCAAACGAAUAAUAGGUAUCAGCGCUCAUUUUGAUCAUAAAUGCACUCGAUACUUUUCACAUUGGUGGUCUCACUUACCGGAUUCCCUUUUCAUUCGCAAAAUCGAAAUUCUUAAUUUAUAUAUUACUUUCCAGUUGACAAGAUGCAUAAAUUACGAAAUCUACAGCAGCAAUUCAAUAUCUUCAUCCAGUUUCAAGAAUCCUUAUGCUACUGAUGAUAUUAACUACAAGAAGACUCUAAGAGCUCACUUUGUGCGACCAACUUCGAAGAGUUCGGAUUUUGGACUUUCCAUUCGUAUUCCCCUUUUUAUUUCAUUAUCGGGACGUCGUUUGGCCACAUCAAAUGAAGCAAUUGCUGAAAGGGAUGGAAAUAAUCACAGUGAAAAAUUAGACGAUGAUCAUGUUGUAAAACUUAAACUUCAACAGUAUUGUGAUGAAUGGCAUCUACGUACUGCUGCAACAGUUCUAUCAUUAUUUUUUUGCGCGAACCAAACGCAUGGGAAGGUUCCAGAGGCAAUUUUUUACAACAAUCUCGUUGAUUAUAUUAACGUGAAACAGGACUUUGAUUCAUGGCAAUUCAGUAAAAACAAUGACAAGCAUGAGAAAGAGGUUGCAAAGAAUAAUGAUGUUUCUUUACUAAUGAUGGACUAUCUUAGGGCGGAGUCAAAUAGUGCGUAUCUAAAUAUUGUGUCUGAUGAUGGCGCUACUCUAAAAAAACCGUCGUUCACAUUUUGUCGAUAUCCAUUUCUAAUUUCAUUAGGAGCAAAGAUCACAAUUUUGGAACACGAAGCAAAGAGAAAAAUGGAAAGAAAGACCGAGGAGGCAUUUAUUAGAUCUGUCAACAAAAAAUUACCUUUUGAUAUUUACUUUAAGAUUCGUGUUCGAAGAUCAUUUAUUACUGAAGAUUCAUUGAGAUCUAUUAAGGAGCACCGACAUGAUUUCAAAAAGUCGUUGAAAAUCGAGUUUGUUAACGAGCCGGGUGUUGACGGUGGCGGAUUGAAAAAAGAAUGGUUUUUAUUACUCACAAAAGAGCUUUUUGAUCCAUCUAAAAAGCUUUUUUCGUAUUAUAAUCCUUCUAACCUUUGCUACUUUUCAAUAUCAACUGUUAAUAAUGAAGAACUAUAUUAUCUAGUGGGUGCAGUUUUAGGAUUGGCAAUUUAUAAUUCAACGAUCCUGGAUCUGAAGCUUCCGAGAGCUCUUUAUAAAAAACUUCUGGGACAUAAGGUAACUUUGGAUGACUUCACACAACUCGAUCAGAAUGCAGGAGAAGGGUUGAAGAAAUUACUUUUACUAGAAAAUGUGGAGGAGCUUUCAAUAUAUUUUGAGGUCUCAUUUAAAGAUGUUGAAGGUCAAUUGAUUACUCGUGAACUUAUAUCCAAUGGUUCUAACGUCUUAGUGAAUGAUACGAAUAAAUAUGAGUACGUGGAAAGGUAUUUGAACUUUUUCUUGAGUGAUAUUUGCAAAAGUCGGUUUGAUUCCUUUCAACGGGGUUUCUACAAUGUUGUUGGUGGAAAUGCACUAUCAUUAUUUACUCCGAAAGAAAUUGAGCAGAUAUUAAUUGGGGAUUCCAAUGAAGGUGCUAUUGAUACGAUGAUGAUGAGAUCAAUUACCAGAUACAAAGGCUUUGAGAGCAACGACAAAGUGAUCAGCUGGUUCUGGCAUUACUUUGAUAGUUGUGUCCCGGAAGUUCAAAAGAAAAUACUAUUUUUUGUUACGGGAACAUAUAGAUUGCCAGCAACAGGGUUACCAUCACUACAUUUUAAAAUAUCCAGGAUAAGCGCUGAAAGGGGAUGUUCGAGAUUACCAACUUCGCACACUUGCUUCAAUGAAUUGUGCCUGUCAGAUUAUGAAUCCGAGGUAGAGUUUAGAAACAAAAUGGAGAUUGCAAUAAAUAACUGUGAAGGAUUCGAACUAGAAUGA